AAAUCAUAACCUGGCUUCUGGAUACAAUGCUCCUGAGGUUGACAUGUUUGGGCAGUACACUCUGAAGAGCGACGUGUAUAGCUUUGGAGUAGUCAUGCUAGAGCUCCUGACCGGAAGAAAACCUUUUGAUAGCUCUAGACCAAGAUCUGAGCAACACUUGGUUCGAUGGGCGACUCCUCAGCUCCAUGACAUUGAUGCUCUUGACAAGAUGGUCGACCCACAACUCCAGGGGCUCUACCCUGCAAAAUCUCUUUCUCGAUUUGCUGAUGUUAUUGCCAUAUGUGUUCAGCCUGAGCCAGAGUUCAGACCACCGAUGUCAGAAGUAGUGCAAGCGCUGGUUCGUCUCGUCCAACGGGCCAACGUAAACCAGAGAGUGCUUGCUGGUGAUGCACAAGACGCAAUCCGGAGGACAGGUAACAGAGAUGCAUAGUACUACAUGUUCUAAAACACUUGCUCGUAACAUAUGUUGAAACUCAUUAUUGGUGGGUUACAAGAUGAUGAGAUUUCCUAGCUCCCAGGUGCCGGAUUUUGUCACUCCAAGAUAGUUGAAGGGGAAGGAAUUGGCUAUUGUAUUGCAGAUAAAAUAGCAUAAGCUAGGCUAAAGCAUUUAUUUUUUUUAUAUUUCAAUAAUGUGCCCAAUACGUUGAUAAAAAGAUGAUAGGGCUAAUAAGCCUUCAACUUCCGCCCGAUAGGAAGAAAUGUAUUUGGUUUUGGUUUUUAUCUGUAUUCCUUGCUUAUUUAUUAGACACUACUAACUUGAUUGUCUGUUGCCUCAAGAUUUUUUCAUUGAUAGGCAUAACAUGGGUGCGGAUCCUCA